AAAAGCAAAUGGUAAGAAAAAAAAAGAUAACGAGAAUCUAAUCUUAUCAGACACAAAAAACACCCAUUACGCAAAGCAAGCUUAAACUAAAGCCAACCCUAACCUAAAGUUGCCCCACUCUUAUCAUCUUCUCUGUCCUUUUAUGCUUGUCUCUUCACAGAAUCUGUAACAUCAUCACCAUUUGUUAUUGCAGCAUAUAACUCUGGUUCUCAGUUGACUUUUUUAUUCUUGGCUUUCAACGAAUCUAAGAUCUGAGGACCCUUUUGUCUGAAAUAGAGUUUCCCAUAGCUGGGAAAUAGACAACAACAUGGUUGGUCUUUUUCCUAGAUUUUCUGUUGGCAAAGCUGGUCAUCGACGAUCCCAGAGCGCUCUUGUGGAACGGGAAGUGGUGCCUCCAAUUUCGGAUGUUGCAACAGUAGCAGCGGCCACUGCUGCCCCUACUACUGCUCAUGGAAUCGAAGUAGCGGUCGAGUUUAAACCGGUAGAACAUCCAAUUGAACCUUUGGACAACGACCAGCCGAUUCAAUGCCCAUUGCCUGAGCCUUCAAUUCUAAAUGACGGAAGAAUAUGGAAGGAGCGUGUAUCAGCUAGCGUACGGAGGAGAGCCGACUUGCCGGUUAUGCAAGAUGGAGGCACCCUUCAAUCUCAAUCCGAAUCUGAAGCUACUGUCGGAACCAAACCUCGGCCGACCUCAAAUCGUAUGAUCUUACCGUCUCUAAGUGCUCCGGAACAUAAUUUACUAAAGCUCCUUGAAGAAUGUACUGCAUCUGGGAUCUAAAAGCAUGCUGCUACAAUGCUACUUCAACUUCAUUGGAAUAAUUUGCAUGUCAUCUAUAAACAUCAAACUAUAUAUACAUCAUGGAAAUGUUACCCACUGUAUAUCUCAUAAAUCACAUCUAAAUUUAAAUCCAUCUUUUCAUUUCUACUUAAAUAUAA